AUGAUGUGGCACAUCGGUAUGGCCGUCAUCACGGCCGCGGUCAUACUCACCAUGAUGUUGGGCCUUGUUGUUCUCAAAGGUGCGAAGUCGUUGUGGCGUGGCAAGGGAGGCUCCGGCGUCCCUCUGCAUGUGUGGAUGGCCCUCUUGUUGCCGAACACAGUGAUGCAUGCUUGUGGAGGUUUGUUGAUCGUUGCCGGGCCCCAGUUCGUGAUGUCUGCCGGCAGCGAUGCAAGCAGUGCUGGCCUUGUCGCUGGCAGCUUUGGCUUGGGCCUGGUCCUCGCAAACCUUAUCGCCUUUAAACUUGGCAGCUUGCUCCCACCCUGGCUCAUGUGCAUCUUGGCCGCAGCGACAGGCUUAGCGGGUGUGCUUCUUGGAGGAAUCCUGUCUGCACCCGAGCUGCGCCUCUAUGGCUUGGCGGGGGCCACAGGUUUCGUGGGCUUUGCCCAAUCCCUGCACGUGGUCGCCAGGACCUUCUACCAAGCGGAAGCGGUGGGAGACGGGCAGGCCUUCGUGUCAGGCUGGGUCAGCGCCUCCAACAUCGUCGGCAUUGCGAUGGCCGCCUUCUUGACUUCCUUCAUAGACUGCACCAUCUACACCAAUCUUGGGCUCUUGUGCGGUGGGGGCCUGAUGCUAUACGCCUGCCUCCUCCUGUUCACCUGCAGUGCAGCACGGCGGGGCCACAUUGUGAGGCAGAAGCUUCCAGAACCCGAGGCAACGCCUCCUGGGCCUGGAGCUGGCUUGCACAAUGAGGACAUUGAGGCAACGGUCGCAGCCUCGCCCUGCCAGAAGGAGAAGUCGGAAGCGAUGCCAGCUCUGGCAGCCCCUAAACGAGCCUCAAGGAUGUCAUGGCUUUCAUCACAAUUUGCAAAGGUUUGCUUCCUCAUCUUCACCAUGGCGAUUGCAAGGGAGGCUCAGAAGUUCCUGAUCCCCUUGAUUGGCGCCGAGACAGAGAUCCAUACAAGCUUCGUGGGCAACGUGGCAUUCAUGUCGCAGAUGGAGUCCUUGAUCGCUGCUCCUCUUGGGGGAUUAAUGAUGGAGCACCUAGGCAUUUUGCCACUUGUCUUGGUCUCCCUGCUGAUGUCAGCUGUGGGGAUUCACAUUCUGUGCAUACCCCGGAUAGACUUGUAUGUGCAGGGGGCCAGCCUCUUGGGCCUAGCAUGUGGUCUAAGUGCCGGUGCCGCGAUUGCCCUGUCCAUUCUGCAUGCGCCUAGAGAACACUCCAAGAGCUUCAUGAAUGCCUGCCGCUUCUUCAAUUCCUUGGCAGACGUCAUCAUCCCCCUUGUUGUCGGGUCGAUCGCCAGCUCGGGCGGGGUCUUGGUGGCUGGCAGCACACUGACACUGUCCAUGCUGGCAGCGAUUUGUGUGGCCCUCUUCUGCUUCGACCUGCGGCUGGUCCUCACAGAGUCCAAGGACGUGCGGGUUCCCUCCAUGGACUUUGUGAUUCCCUUGAAGGCCAUGGGACCCUUCACACGCACUGUGCUCGAGGGCAUCUUCACGCACUAUGCGCCGAGACGAAUCUACAUCAUCUGCCAGCAAGAAGCGCGUGAGGCGGUGUCACUGGCAAUGGUGGAGUGGAGCCUUCCCCGUGGCAAAGUGUCUUUUGUGGACGAGGAGUCCUACUUUCAAAAGACCUUGGGCUUCAGUAGAGAAGAUUUCAAGAAAGCCUGGAAGGGCACCAACAGCCCACGCGACUUCGGCUGGUGGUGGCAACAGCUUUUGAAGCUAGGAGUGGGACAGUGCAUUGAGGACAUUUCCGAAAACUUCUGUGUGUGGGAUGCGGAUUUGAUCGUGCUUGAUGCCUGGCCGCUGGCAGACUCCAGCCACACGCAGUGCUACGUCGCGCCGCUGCAGGAGAAGUACCUUUCCGAGCGGCACCAGGAAGCCUACGACUCCAGCGCACGGCAUAUCCUGAAGCUCGAACCCACGAAGCCACGCGAGGGCGGAACUUGGAUUGCGCAUCACAUGGUCUUCAACAAAGCAGUUCUGGAGCAGAUGUUGAAGUUGAUUGAGUCCAAUCUCGCUGGUGCGGACCCUGCAGCGGCUUGGCCCCUUAAGAUCCUUCAAGUUGCCGACAGCUUCGAGCGCGUCUCCGAAUAUGUGCUCUAUGGCACCUACGCCAGCCAUGCAAGUCGCAGCAUAUUAAAGGCACACCCAUACCAGACGUAUGGGGCGCGAGGUCUACGCUUGUACGGUCGAGAGGAGGCUGCGGCCAAGGGUCGCGAUUGCAAUCAGUUCUUAAUCGAUCGCUUGAAUUCCGAAGGAAAGCCUUUGACCGGCUACUCCUACCAAAGGGUGGCCUCAGAGGUGGCACAUUUGUUUUUGACGCACCUGCAGAUGUCGUCUGAUGCAAAGAUGAAGCAAGACUUCCAGAAGCAGCGUGAGAUGGGCAUGCAUCUCAGUGCCCAUGGCGGCCGAGAGCACUGGCUGCGAAGCUUCUGUGAGGAAGAGGGCGAACACCGGCAAUUACUGCAUUGGCUCAUCGAGGAAGGACUAUGUCGGCCUGAUGAAUUUCAGGCCCGUGUGCGGCAUGCGCAUCGCUUGAGAGAGAUGGGUAACAAAUGGUAUCGUGCUGAUGACUAUCGCAGAGCUUUGCACUGCAACUUGGGCGCAGUCCAUGCAGUGGACUUCACACCCAGCGAGCAGAUGGACAUGACAGAUGAUCAGAGGCUGGCUGUUGCCAGGGAGUUGCUGCCAAUUCUCAGCAACCUGGCGCAAGUCUUCUUGAAGAGGGGAGACUUUGGCAACGUUGUCAAGGCGCUGGACGUUUACGCUUGGAAGUGA